AUGUGCCUUUCUGGCCGACGAGCUUACAGUCUCGAGAUUAUCUUUGGCAAUCCACUCCCUAGCAUUCUACAUCCUACUCGAGCAAGCAUGGCUGGGAAGCAAGCUAUCAGAGCUAAGCGCUCCCGAGAUGGCAAUACCAAGGCUGAAGUCAAGCCCUUCCGCCUCUUCGACCUGCCACCGAAACUCUGA